UAGGGUUCUUCAUGGGUAGUGUUUCGUGGUUGAGGCAUAUUUCCAGCGCUAGGGUUUUAGGCUUGAGGAUCGAUCGUCGGCGUUUUUACAGCGUGAUGCCGCGAGGAGAGGAAUCAGCAGCUGGGGCGGAGGCAUCGGCUUCGGCGGUGGAAGCAUCGCCAGGUAUGAGCAAGAAAGCCGCACAGAAGGCCGCGAAGAAAGCCGAGAAGGAGCUCCGCCAGGCUGCUGCGCUCGCCGCGGCUGCCGCGGAGGAGGAAGAAAUUGAUCCACUGGCGGACAAGUACGGGGAUACGAAGCUGGAGGAUUUGCAAUCCAAGGCUGUGACUGGGCGGAAGUGGACCGAGAUUUCGGAGCUUGGGACCGAUCUGGAGGGCUCUACUGUGCUGGUUCGUGGGAGAGUUCACAGCAAGAGAGCGAAAGGGAAGAUGGCAUUUUUGGUGCUUCGUGAGACUAUCCAUACCGUGCAAUGCGUGGUUUCUAUGGAGAACGUCGGGAGCAAACAGUUUGUGAAGUAUGCGAGCUUGCUGAGCAAAGAGUCCGUUGUGGACGUGACGGGAAAUGUGUCAAAUCCAAGAAAUCCAGUGUCUGGGACGACACAACCGGUGGAAAUCCAGGUGACAGAACUCCAUUGUAUAUCUAGGUCGACCAACGAGCUCCCUCUUCUGUUGGAAGAUGCCGCUCGCAGCGACCAGGAUAUUGAGAAAGCUGCAAAGGAAGGCAUUCAAUAUGCACGCGUUCUACAAGACACGAGGCUGAAUAACAGGGUCCUUGAUCUUAGAAUCCCUGCCAAUCAAGCGAUCUUUACCGUUCAGUCGGAAAUCUCAAGCCUCUUUCACGACUUUCUACGGGCUAACAAGUUUCGCCAGAUCCACACGCCAAAGCUUAUCGCUGGUGCUAGCGAAGGUGGCUCUGCAGUGUUCAAGCUGCAGUACGCUAAUGAUCAACCUGCAUGUCUGGCUCAAUCACCGCAGCUGCACAAACAGAUGGCAAUUUGUGGUGACUUCCGUCGAGUUUUCGAGAUAGGUCCUGUUUUCAGAGCCGAAAAAUCUUUUACUCAUCGGCACCUGUGUGAAUUUAUCGGGCUCGAUUUUGAAAUGGAGAUCAAGGAACACUAUUUCGAGAUCAUCGACCUGAUUGGCAAACUCUUCAUCUAUGUGUUCAACGAGCUUAACAAGAACUGCAAGAAAGAGCUUGAAACGAUCAACAGCCAGUAUCCUUUUGAGCCAUUGCAGUAUCUCGACGAAACCCUGGUACUCGCAUUUGCCGAGGGGAUUCAGAUGUUAAAGGAAGCUGGGUUUGAGACUGAUCCUCUUGGAGACCUUGACACAGAAACUGAGAGGAGACUGGGACUUCUUGUGAAGGAGAGAUACAAGACUGAUUUUUAUAUUCUUCAUCGAUAUCCACUUGCUGUCCGGCCAUUCUAUACCAUGCCUGCUGUCGACGAUCCUAAAUAUUCAAACUCAUUCGACGUUUUCAUUCGGGGCGAGGAAAUCAUCUCCGGUGCCCAGCGUGUUCAUGACAAGGAUCUUCUUCUAAAGCGGAUCGAGGAGUGCAACAUUGAUCCAAACGCUAUUGGCUUGCAGAACUACAUAAAUUCUUUCAGCUAUGGUGCACCACCUCACGGAGGCAUUGGCGUCGGCUUGGAACGAGUAGCGAUGCUCUUCUGCAAUCUGGACAACAUAAGGAAGGUCUCUUUGUUUCCUCGUGAUCCUAAUAGGCUGGCACCUUAGAUCGAGGAUAACGGUGUCCUGAUAAUUAGGCACCAGAUUUUGCACAAGUGUUACAACCCAUAUUGACGCAAGGGAUGAGGUUCUUCUUCUUCU